UAGAUACCACUGUUGCAUUCAUGUUAACUGGUUAAAAAUUAAUAAAACAUGUUGUUUAACUUAAGAGUAUUAGGUGUGGUGCUAAUGCACUGUAUCCUAUCGUUGGAAAUCGCUGCAGAUAACCUUGGAUGGGAAUCUCCUUUUACAGAAAGAAGACAAGAUAGAAUACCUGCUUUAUACGUAAAAGGAAGUCAUUUCAAUAUCGGUUAUAACACAGGUAAGGUGUUUGCUUCGAUGAUACAAGAAUUUGUAGCAACUUACACGCCCUUACAGGGUUAUUUGGAUGCGUACAAUACACCCGAAGGAAAGCUCAUUUAUGACGAUGCUUUAACAAUCACAUUGGAAGUCUAUCCUCAGUAUGUGAGAGAACUUGAGGGCAUUGCGAUGGGCGCUAACGUUUCGUUUAAUACGUUAUUCCUUAUGCAAUUGGACGACACAUUGACGCAAAACAUGCCUAAAUUUGACUAUGAUAAAGGGCCAAUCGGAUGUACAUCAAUAUUAGUAAACCAACCCGAGUUUCAAUGUCUGGUACAUACCGAAGACGCGUUAACAGAAACGGUCGGUCAUUUCUACCUGUUAUCAGCUCAUGUGAUACCCGCUGAAGACGAAAAAGGCGGGUUGUUCGAAGCGAGGGAAGAGAUAUAUGAAGCCAUCACUUAUGCAAGUCAACUACCCGGAUACGCCAGUGCUCACACUUUCUGUGGAGUAGUGUUCUCGGUCAACACGAUUUUCAAUAGCAAGAACCUCGUAAACAGAAUACCCCGCGGUUUUAUCUCGAGAGCUUUGCUUUCGACCAGAGGUGACUUCGACGACAUCAUACGGAUUCUAGAGUGUAGAGGAGGCGGUGCAGCCGACGGGUUCAACGUGAACUUGGCUUUCAUCAAUCCGUGGGUGACGGGCGGCGAGAGAGUAUUCUUCCAUAUAGAAGUCACUCCAAACCCGUACGAACAUAAAUCAAACCUAAACGUUCAUCCUUUCUUUCCGGGAGAAAACGGACUUCACAUCAACAAACUUCUGUAUUCGGAUUACCCGGAGCUGCACGAGAGCGGUGUAAAAAGCUCCAUAGUAAAGACCCGUCGGUAUCGCAAACUCACCAAGAACAAUCCUAUCAAGAACCUGGCCGACGCGAUCAGAGUCAUAGGCGACAGAGACGAUCGCGAAGGAUACGCUAUUUUCAGGGACAGCCCAAAUGAUUUUGUCAACACUAUUAUGUUGGGUAUAUUCGACUUCAUCACGCUAUCAUGGAUCAUAUGGACAAACGAUCCGCAGACUAACAAUCCCAUUCUGCAGUUACCGUUAAACUUUACAGAUCUAAUCGAUCCACCGCUAACACAAUUUUGUACAUGGCCUGUGGAGCCUUGGUGGCCAUGUAAUUUUUUUUAAAUAAUCCUAUUUAUAUGUAAUUGCUUGUAUAUUGUAAUUAAUAGUCACCCCGUUAGCCAUGAAGGUCAUAUACAUAAACAAAUACCAGGGGCACUAAACUGUAUUAAACUCCUCGCCAAAAAAAAAUGCUGUAUUCUUAAAAUAACAAUACACAAGCUUUAUUCAGUACGCGUAUAUUAUUUCCAUUUUUCGUCAUAAUUUAACGCAAAACUAUAAUAUUAUUGUAUAUUAACAAACAAUAUGUACUUAUCAAAAUGUUUUUAUUUUG